GACACUUGUUUAUGAUGCACAUUGCUCUGACUGACGGUUCCCUUGGGCUUCCAUGGAAGGGAUGAUGCAGCUUGCUUAUGAUGCAACGGUGAAGCUCAUGCUGUCUGCACUUGAGCGCAACCUCCUCCCUGACGCCGUCACCAGAAGACUCAGCGCCCUCCUUUGGCUACUCGUCCUUCGCUCUUCUUCCACCACACCUCGGGCUUCAACUUUUCAACCUCCUCCACCUUCGCACAGUAUUAUUUCUUACCUUCUAUUUCUCUCGUGCGAUUAUGACUGCAUUUUCAAAAAUCAACCUAUGACAUUUGGGAAUCAAAAAAAGAAAAAUAACGAAAACAUUACUUUGGCAACAAAAAGAACAAAUAGUGAAGUACGGCUCACAACAUAUGGCUUCAUAAUAGCAUUCCCCAAAGCAUUGAACUCCUGCAGGUCUCUAUUUCUCUUCUGCCUCAAGACGCUGGAAGAGGACUGUGAAGAAGAGCAAGUGAUUGAAACUGUACUGCGACAGAUCAAACCUGAAAGAUGUCAUACUGGUCUUGAUGUGGGAGUGGUUGGGGUCGCUGGCAUUAUACAUUGCCAAGAAAUAAUUAAAUGCAGAGUUACAGGAAGCAAUUCCACAACUCAAAAGGCUUACCUUGAGGAGAAGUGCCGGGAUCUUCAGCUGCAAAAUAUCAAUAUUAUUGCUGAUAUUAGCACGUUUGAAAUGGAGGCUUCUUACGACAGAAUAUUUUCCAUAAAAAUGUUGAGCAUAUGAAGAAACUACCAAGACCUUCUGAAGAAGAUAUCCAAAUGGAUGAAAGAAGGCCUUUUAUUUGUGCAUUACUUCUGCCACAAAGCAUUUGCCUACCACUUUGAGGGGAAAAAAUAAGAUGACUGGAUUACAAGAUACUUCUUUACUGGAGGAACCAUGCCUUCAGCAAAUCUACUUCUUUAUUUUCAAGAUGAUGUUACAGUCAUCAACCAUUGGCUGGUAAAUGGUAAACACUACGCACAGACCAGUGAAGAAUGGCUGAAAAGAAUGGACCAGAAAAUUACUUACAUCAAGCCAAUUAUUCAAUCAACUUAUGGCAAUGAUUCAGCUACCAAGUGGACUGCGUAUUGGAGAACAUUCUUCAUAGCUGUGGCGGAACUUUUCGGAUAUAAUAACGGUGAAGAAUGGAUGGUUGCACACUUUCUUUUCAAAAAGAAAUGAAAUAAGUCAUAACCUAAUCUUUUAAUUUGAGAAUGGCUUCCAAACCUAUUUGACUAUUUGUCCUAAUUAAGCAUUCAGGACAAAAAAAGCUGCCAAUCGAAGUUGGACAUUUCAAUAAUGUUGUGUACUUUAUUACUUAAUUUAUUU